AUGCCCCGCACAUUCGCCGGCCGUUUGCGCGUGGUAGAGAGCUCAUAGCUGGACAUGGCCAAGAGGGACAGGGCGGCGUGGGAGGUGGAGGCGGGCGCGGCGGACACGGCCCGCCUGCUCGUGCUCCUCGCGCAGGCGCAGCAGCAGCGCUUCCUGCAGCACGGGCACGGGCACGGGGCGGCGCCGUUCCCACCGGGGAUGGUGGCAGCGGCGCGCGGCGGGCACGGGCGCGUGUUCGAGUGCAAGACGUGCAGCCGGCAGUUCCCCACGUUCCAGGCGCUCGGGGGCCACCGCGCCAGCCACAAGCGGCCCAGGUUACUCCACCAGCCGCAGCAGCAGCAGGGUAGUCCGGCCGACCACGCGGAGCUCUGCCUCGGGCGCCGGCCGCUGCUGCCGGCGCCGCAGCCGCAGCCGGCCAAGCCGAGGGUGCACGAGUGCCCCGUCUGCGGGCUCGAGUUCGCCAUCGGCCAGGCGCUCGGCGGCCACAUGCGCCGGCACCGCGCCGAGGCCGAGGCCGACGCCGAGGCGCACAACAAGGCGCGGCCGCCGGCGCCCGAGAAGGCCUGCGACGUCGCCGGGGGGAUCUGCCUGGACCUCAACCUCACGCCGUCGGAGAACUGCGCCAAGUGCCGGAGCGUGGUGGUGCUCGGCGCCGCCGGGCAGGGUGCACAUAAGGCGCUCGCCAUGUUAGAUUGCUCGCUCUAGUUGAGCCUUCAUUUACGCUAGGCUGCACAGAGUUUUUCUUUCAUGGUCGUUGUUGACUGUUGAGUUCAUCUUGGUAUACAGUUUCAUUGUUACUUUC